CCAGAUUUGAAGAAUUACUGUGAAUUGAAGAGUUUUGAUCUUGGUAGAAUCAACCGUCGACACCAUUCCCACCAAACCGAUUCCAUUUCACAGUCACCAUGCGUAAGUGCUCAAUAUCCGUCUCCAUGAUCAUUUAUUGUAACUAACAAUUUCAAUUUAGCUCCAAAGUUGGACCCCAAUGAGAUCAAGAUCAUGUACGUUACCCUCACGACAAAAAUCAAAAGUCCUACAAAAACAUCAACAUCAACAACAUGAUGCGAAAUGCGAACCUCGAUAUUCAAUCACUCGUACAGAAGACAUGCUAACGAUAAUUUAAUAGCCACCUGAGAGCCACUGGUGGUGAAGUCGGUGCUUCCUCAGCAUUGGCUCCCAAGAUCGGUCCUCUUGGUUUGUCACCAAAGAAGGUCGGAGAAGAUAUUGCAAAGGCCACUGGAGACUGGGUAUGCGCACCGCAAACAAUGGAUAGGAUUGGGAGCAAAAACUAAUGGAUCCGUGCUAUUUAGAAAGGAUUGAGAGUCACUGUCAGACUCACCAUCCAAAACCGUCAAGCCGCUGUUUCCGUCGUUCCAUCCGCCUCUUCCCUCGUCAUCAAGGCCCUGAAGGAGCCUCCCCGUGAUCGUAAGAAGGAGAAGAACAUCAAGCACAGCAAGUCCAUUACUCUCGAUGAGGUUAUUGAGAUCGCCAGAACUAUGAGAUUCAAGUCCCUCGCAAAGGAGUUGAAGGGUACCGUCAAGGAGAUCUUGGGUACCGCUUUCUCUGUUGGUUGCCAGGUUGAUGGAAGAAGUCCAAAGGAUGUUAGCGACGAUAUCGAGUCUGGAGAGAUCGAGAGUGAGUAACAUUGCUUGGGAAGUUUCGCGGUCCUUUUGCUAACCAAACUGAUUAGUCCCUGAGGAAUAAAUCAAAAUUUACUUCGUUAUUCGCAAUGUUUCACGGGCUACAUACUUCACAAUAGGCUGGGGGCAAUGUCAAUGAUUCAACAAACCAAUC